GAGGGCGGCUGCGAGGGCGCAGAGCGAAGCUGCAGUCGAGGCUGGUGCUGGCUCCAGCUCACGAGCCAUGGCGGCUGCUGCAGGGGAUUUCCCUGCUGUACAGCAGCAGCAGCCUGUAAUGGCUCGAGCUGUGGUGGUCCAAUCGCCUAUGGAUGUUGCCACGCCGAGCAUCGAGAGGUUCGAGGAGGAUGCUCGUAUUUAUGACGAUGAUGCGAUGGCGGACGUGACAAUGUCUGAUUCCGAGGUGCAUGAAGGGUCGUCGUCCUUGGCCGAGGUGGACCCCAGGAGGGCCAUCAGCCUCACGCCUAGCGAGAUGGACAUUGACAUGUUGGCCACGCCGACGGUGCCACCGUCCAGCAAGAAUCUCAAUCAGAUUAUGGCGAUGGAGUCGGCCGUGUCGAGAUUAGCGAGGAGGGCGGAAGAGGCACAGUCGGAGAGUCUGUUCAAUCCGGUUACAGGGAGUCGGCAGGACACACCUGUGCCUGCUGAGAUGGCAACAGAGAUGAGGGAAUAAUUGUAUAUUUUGUAUAGGUCCAGGAACCCUCUUCGGGGCAUUGCAUCACACAGAUCAAGAGACUGAGGGAAUGAAAUGGGCAGGAUCAGGAUUAUUCAUAGCGCGCGUUGAUUUUUUUCUUUGCAAUUUUUUGUUUUUGUUUUCUCUGCGUAUUUCCAUCUGAAGGGGGUUUAUGUUAGCAUGCACUGAGGCAUAUGAGCGGAGAGAGACGAGUUCGGAUUAUGAGAAAUGAAUAAUGUGAAUGAAGAGAUUUGAGUCUA